AUGUCCCCCAUAACCGCAUCAAAAGGGCGCAACCCCUCCCCAAAAGAUGAAUCCUACACGCAAAUGGCAGACACAGACCUCGAAUCCAUCGGCCGCCACUGCCAAUAUGAAUACUGCGGCCAACUAGACUUCCUCCCCUUCCGCUGCGAAUCCUGCCACAGCACCUACUGCCUCGACCACCGCUCCGAAACCGCGCACAAAUGCCCCCGCGAAGGCGAAUGGGCCCGUCGCCGCAACGGAUCAAAUAACCAAGAAAACCGCUCCGCCCCCGAAAAACCAACAAUCCACAACUCGGACCAGUGCUACCACGUCCAGUGCAAGACUCUCAUCAACACCCUCAAAGACCCCGCCGUCCGCUGCCCCCAAUGUAACUACCAAUACUGUCUCAAGCACCGCUUGCGCGAGGAACACGAUUGCGCCAAGAUUACCCCGCUGGGCGCCAGGCAGGGUAAUGUCGCUACCGCAAACGAUACUAUCAAGUCCAUGUUUGCCCGCGUGAAGACUUGGGGCCGGGAUAAGCACCAGGCCGCUGCGGCUGGCUCGCUUUUGCCCAAGGCGAAGCCUAAGCCUAAUAGUCCUGCUGCGCGCGCGGUUGCGCUUAAUGCGCUGAAGCGCUCAGCCAAGGGCGAUGCGUCUGUUCCCGUGGACAAGAGACUCUAUGUGCAUGUUGUUGGGACGGCGGAGACGCAGGCGGCUGAGCCGCCCGCUGGGGAUUUCUUUUUCGAUACAAGGUGGAAGGUUGGUCGGGUUUUGGAUGAUGCGGCGAAGAAGCUAAGGGUUGAGAAUUUGAAUAAUCGGGUUGGGGGGGAGGAUACGAAAUUGCGCAUAUUCCAUGUUGAGUCGGGGGAUUUCUUGGAGUUCUCCGAGUCUUUCGGUGCUGGGAAGGUUAAGCAGAGUGACACUAUUGUGCUGCUGCGUGGUGCUGGGGCUGUUCUGGGGAGUUCGUGA